AUGGCGCAGUUGGCGCAAUUGCCGCCCAAAUUCGAGGGCGAGGUGCCCGUCUUUUCACACACAAACCUACAUCGCGGGAUCCACGUGCCUCAGUACAAUCUGAGCUUGCACGACUACGAGUCCGAGCCGCCGCGCCGUGUUCCAGCGCGUGUAUUGCAGCCGCUCGCACAGCUCCAGCAGGCCUGUGACAUGGGCUCUGCCGCCGCCGCGGUGGCGCUCGCAGACAUCUACACAUUCGGCAACUACUCCGUGCCGCCGGACUACCCGCGGGCGCUUGCGUUGUACCGCCGGGGGGUGCAGACACGCGCCGACGGCCACGCGUACUUCAUGAUGGCCCACUUCUACCAGACCGGCAUGUUCGGCGAGCUUGCGCCGGACCGGCAGCGGGCGCGCGUGUACUACGAGUUUGCCGCACGCAACGGCCACGCCGGCGCGGUGCUCGUGCUCGCGUACCAGCACUUGAACGGCGUGGGGUGCCAGGCCAGCUGCGACACCGCGCAGUUCUACUACUCCAGCCUCGCGCGGCAGGCCGUCCAGCAGGCCCACGAGCAGUGGUGGCUGGUGCCGGAGGACCGCGUGGCGUACAACGUGCACAUUGCGGACUUCCACGGCGGGCUCUACGGCGCGCGCAUCAGCGAGUCCGAGUCCAGCGUUCUCUCGGACAUCGACAGCUUCGUGCGCUUGCGCGCGAGCUUGAAGGACCAGAGCCUCGACGCGCUGGAGUCGCGGCUCCUCGACGUGUACUUCGACGCGUUGCUGCACCACAGUGCCGGCUUCUUCUCGCCGCAGAACGCCACGCAGGUACACCACGAGAUGCUCGAGUGCGUGGACUUGGGCCGGGCAGAGCACGCCGCGGGCCGGCUAGAAAACCCGCUUGCCCUCGACCGCCAGAUCUGGCGCAAGUGCCAGAACCUCUUGGGGCACAUGUACUUGGCCGGCCAGGGCGUGCCGCGCGACCUUGCGCAGGCCCACCGCUGGCUCAGCCUGGCACUUGCGCUCCAGCCCGACAAGGAGAACCUCUUGGACAUGGCGCUCUUGCGGCGGCUCGACCCCACCACCCACGGCCUGCUCAGCCCGCUGUGCGUGCGCUACUUGCAGGACGCAGCCACCAACGGCAGCUCCCACGGCGUGUUCUUGUACGCGCAGAACCUCGUGGCGCCGCGCUCGCCGCUCGAAACCACCUAUGUGGACCUGACGUACGACUUGCUCCGCACGGCCACGCGCCGCGGCCACCCGCAGGCCAUGUUCUAUUUUGCGGACGCCGUGGAGCUGGGCUUUGCCGAGUCCAAGGGCGAGCUCUUCACGUGCCCGGAGCUCGUGCUGUUCUACAAGAGCUUCGUUGAGCACGCCGAGCCCGUACUCUUGCCCCACUUGUCCUACGCGUUCCAGGAACUUGCGCACGGCAACUACAAGAACGCGCUCCUCGGCUACCUGAUUGCCGCGGAGCAGGGCCUCCUCAACUCCCAGCUCUCGGCGGCGUACCUCCUCUACCAGACGGAGCCGCUUUUCGCCUGGAAGCGCAAGACAUACAACGCGACCCGCGUCCAGGCGGCGCUCCGGUAUCUCGACCUUGCCUCGUCGCAAGACCACGUCGACUCCACCAUCUUGUUGGGCGACUUGUAUGCCAACGGCUUGCCGGGAGGUGCCCUCGCGCCCGACCACGAGAAGGCAUUUGCCUACUAUACCGCUGCGGCGCUGUACGCGUCGGCCCACGCCUGUUACAAAUUGGGCUACAUGUACGAAUACGGCCUCGGCGUGCCCAAUAGCUCCCCGGAUUACUACAUGGCAAAGCGCUACUACGAUCUAAGCAUCAAGUAUUACCAGGACCUGGACACGAUGCUGUUGACUCUGGAAUCAAAGCCCAGCACCUCUGCUAUAAAGUGGGCCCUCUUACGGCUCAGGCUCAAGUUUUUACUCAGCGAUUCCGAAAAGCGAGACGAUGCUGAGUCUACAGGCUGGCUCGAUACCCUCAAGAAUCUUGCCAGGUCAAAGGACAUAGGUGACCUGGACGAGAAGGCCGCUGCCAGGGCCCAGGCCCACGCCGAAGGAGAAGCUUACGAACAACAGGACGACUACCAAAUUUUUGACUAUAUCGUCCUCAUAUUUACUUUGGCGUUCUUUCUUUACGUCGGGUUUCAAAACUUAAGAAGGCAAUUUAGACGAGUGGGCCAACGCGUCAACGCUGGCCAUGCAGAUGGGGCAAAUGCGCCCCGUUUCCAGGUGGAAUUUUUUUUCGCCAUCUAG